UAUAACAAAUAAUUUGAGGAUGAACCGGUUACUACUCCUUUUGAUCUUUGACUUGGUAUCCGGUCAGCAGUACAGCAAGCACAUUACCCCAAUCGACUAUGAGGUGCCACAUGAACUGAUAUUCAAAGAGCAGUGUUGGAGCACGGAAGAAGGCGACCUCAUCGUACCACAGUAUUGUUCCAACACCACUAACUACUGCUCAAAAUGCUACUUCAACAAGGACGUCCAAGACUACCGCAACCAUUACAUGUCUUAUAACGAUAACAGACUUAUUGUUGGUGCCAUGGACAACAUAUUCGCCUUUGACGUGACAGACAACUUGUUUGAGAAGUUACAACAAGUGGACGCCCGUCAUCCCUGUGUGGAAUCCUGCAAGAAUUACAACCGGCUGCUUCUUCCUCUCCCAGACACAGGCCAGAUCCUGACGUGUGGAACUAACGCUUACGCUUGCCAGAUCAGAGAGAUCAAGAACUUAACCAAGUUCAAACGAUUGAGUGGUGAGGGGUUUGUCCCUAUUAACGAGAACGCACAGAACACAGCUGCGUUCUCAGACAGCAGGAUAUUUGCUGGUUCUAUGAUGUCGGGUGACGCUGCUGACAAUGCCUUUGUUGUUGCUAGUGCUAAGAUCGGUAGAGAAGGCGAAAAAGCUUCCUUUGUAAACAUUGUGGCAACUAGCCCCAGUAUUGAGGUGCUUAAUCGUGCAAAGUUCGUCGCUUCGUUCAGCAGCGGUGACUACGCGUACUUCCUAUUCCAGGAAAUAGAAUUCUCCACUGGAGACAGAGUCAACAAGGUUGUAUCACGCAUUGCCAGAGUUUGUAAAGAAGACACGGGAGUAGCGGCAGAUCUGGAAUAUUUCGAUAAUGCAAAAUUGUGGCAAACGUUCGUAAAAUCACGGAUUUACUGCGAGAACAAGGUCACAGAUCCAACCUUUGGAGAGCAGACCUUUACGUACAACCGUGUCGGAGCUGGUAUUAUCGACGAUAACAGGAUUCUGUACGCAGCAUUUUCGGAGGGUGACACCUCAGCAAGUGGUUCAGUUGUAUGUCGUUUCAACCUAACCGAGAUCGACAUUAACUUCAACACCGCUAAAUACAAUCACUUCAACACUGUUGGCAGCUCCCGACCUAAAGCCAAAUCGAGGACUCCCCCUACUUGUGAAGAUAUUGGAAAUGCGGAAUCUGAAGAUAUAUAUGAGUUGAUGUUGACUGUUGAUGACGUCACGUCGAAGGAUCCUCCUCUGUUCCUGCAGUCGGGACCGCAGUUUACUAAACUUCUGGUGGACUCCAACAUUAGAAACGUCUCAAACCCUGUUCUCUUCAUUGGAACUAACAUGGGGAAAGUUCUGAAGGUUACAUGGCGCACAGCUGAUGACGGAUCCUUCAAGCCUAUCCUUAUUGAGUCCAUGCAAGUUGCUAAAGGAGACACCAAAUCAGAUUUAAGCGUCAACUUUCUGGCGUUUGAGAAAACUAUCGAUCCUAACUAUCUAUUCGUGGGUACGGGUACCUCGGUCUCCAAAGUAGUUAUAUCGCGGUGUCUCCGGUUCCCGAACCUGACCCAGAACUGCUGUUACGCGUCACUGGAUCCCUACUGUGGGUGGUGUAGUGUGAUGAGAAAGUGCACCAGCAGACCAGACUGCAGUUCGGACUGGAUACAGAGCCUGACAGCCACUGCUCCUGAUGAAAGUACCUGUGAAAUUAAUCACCACCACACCACGACUCCUCACCACCACACAAGUAAGCACCCUCACUCACUAGACCACCCUACUCUCAAUCCAGGACAAGAUAACACUCAAACGCCUUCGCCGACCACCGCCCCGCCGCCGACAGAGCCGCCGACGACCAAAGGACGAGAUCCGACUCCCGUUCCCAAACCGACGACCAAGCCGGACAGUCAUGAGACAGAUCGUCCAAAAACAGAGCCGGAACCGACAGAGCUAGUACCUAAAACACUCAAACCACCCACCACCAAACAACCACCGCCCGAUAAAAGCACGGAUAUCACCAGGGAGCCCGUCACCGCCACCAGGGAGAGCGUCACCAAUAAUAACAGCACAGCCGCAGAUCCCGACGGUAGAAAUGGUAACGAGGACGCUGUUACGAGUGAAACAGCUGGCUGGAAAAAAAUUGCCAUCGUCAUGGCAACCCUGUGUGGAAUUUUUGUGUUGAUAUCAGCGCUGCUGGCCCUUAAUCUGGCCAGAAAGUGGUGUUAUGCCAGCAGGAAACCGCCCCAAAAAAUGGGAAACAAUAAUCUUCAGCACAAUUACAAUCCCCUUGCCUCACAAGGACCCAAAUCAGAAGACUUUUCUGACAGAAUACCCGUAUAUAAUACCAGAACUAACAACGUGUAGUAGUAAAACCAUGGUCCUAGAUUAAGUAGCGUAUUUUCUUCAUGUGUUUGUAUAAUUGUGCCAACAGAACAGAUAUGAUUGCGAUUUUACAAAUUUCAAGCUUGAAAAUGGGGAGAACAUUGAUGAAAUGGGUGUACAUGCAAAAAAAUUCUCACAGAUACCGUGCAUAUCUGCUCACAGAUUCCGUCACAAGAUGUUUGCCUCUGGCGAGGGGAAUAACAUUUGAGAUUUGUUCGUUUACUUUUGACGUUGCGUGAAUAUUUACCGUUUGUUGUGUAUUUAUUAUUUUUACUUCUGUUUGUAUCUGUUUUUAAGCAUUACAAAAUAAUGUUUAGUCUGUAGAAUUAAGGUAGUGAUAUGAAUUUGAGUGUGUGUCUUAGCUGCUCAUUUUGAGUCAUUUCUGAAGUUUUAGGUUCUGAGUUCUGAUUGUUUUUCGCUAGUUAACUUUCUCUUAAAAAUGAGAUAAAUAUGAUAUUAAUAAACAAAAACUGAACUAUGAUUGUGUUCUCCUGGAUUUCUAGUUGAUGUGAUCCAGUUACUGCUGACGGACUUUCAUUUAAAUGCGCAGUUUUUCAGCGCGGCGCAAUAUUUCUUGAUAAUGAUAAUAUAAAAUUUAAUCAAUUUUGGAUUUCCACAAGGCGUGACCGCUGAUUUUAAAUAAGCUGUGAUUUUGGUUUUUAAAUGGUUUGAUCUAAAUGCUGAGCAUGGUUUUAUAUUUUAAAUGUUGCAAAGCUCCAAAAUGUCAGACUCCGAGGGAAGUCGCGAUAUUUUACCAUUUAAUACUUCCCGGUCGCCCUUUCCAACAUACUACAUAAUAUAGGCGAACGAAUCAAAAUUAUUAUAAACCAAUACUUCAAAUAUAUCUCCGGGCGUGAACAUCUUCACUACUAUUCAUUAGGGUUUGCCUGCUGCACCCCUCUUUGGUCAUGUAUGGUCAAAUUGCUGUAGAAACGAAAUGAUAUGUCGACAUUGAACCGUCAGGUGAAAUAUAUUGAAGUUACCUUUCAAUGAAUCAUGCUUCGAGAACUAUUGGGAGUGGGAAAGAAUGCGGUGCUUCAAAAUCAUCCCUGUAAAACUCACAAAAAUGUGAUCCUUUACUAUGGCUACAAAAAUAUAAACUAGCUGAAACAAUUUUUUAUUAAAUCUUUUAAUGGCCAAGACAAUUACUAGAUUAUCCUUAUGAAUUGACUUUAAGCCCUUUAUUCCGUCCUGAAGAGGGUGUUUUAGCGACAGGAUAUUA